UGUACAUUUUUCUUUAUUUACGCCUGCUGUAGCAAGUACACAGCUAGCACAGCACGUAGCCUGGAUUCCAACCUCAUCAGGUUCCGACACUUGAUUUGCUGCGGCUGCAUUUCGCGGAAGUCAAAGUGAAACCGAAAGCGAUCCAAAGACUAGAUCGACGCCAUUUCAGAUGAGUUGAAAUCAACGAUGUCUUCACAUGUUACGGCCUGAAGUCAAGUUUCUUAUCUAGGAAGAAGAGAAGCAGAAGAACAGCAUGUAAAAUGAGUGUGUAUGAGGAGAGAGAAUAUGAGGCUCACUGUUGACACUCAGAGAGCAGCAUCUCCAUGAUUCAGCUGUGUGUCUAUGAAGAGAAACAGCUCCAUGUUUCUGCCCCCUGAUCGGAGUGAUUUUGACCCUCAGAGAGCAGCAUCUCCAGGAUUCAGCUGUGUGUCAAUGGAGAGCAACAGAUCCGUGGGUCUGCCCCCUUAUCUGAGUGAUUUUAACCCUCAGAGAGCAGCAUCUUCAGGAUUCAGCUGUGUGUCUAUGAAGAGCACCAGAUCCAUGGGUCUGCCCCCUUAUCUGAGUGAUUUUGACCCUCAGAGGGCAGCAUCUUCAGGAUUCAGCUGUGUGUCUAUGAAGAGCAACAGAUCCAUGGGUCUGCCCCCUUAUCUGAGUGAUUUUGACCGUCAGAGAGCAGCAUCUUCAGGAUUCAGCUGUGUGUCUGUGAAGAGCAACAGAUCCAUGGGUCUGCCCCCUUAUCUGAGUGAUUUUGACGCUCAGAGGGCAGCAUCUACAGCAUCUAUCUUUGACCCUGUUAUCAUAAGCAGGAAGAGAAAGAUAGCAGCUUCUCCACUGCAGCCCCCUGAUCUCAGUGAUGGAUCAGAGCCUUUUGAUUCUGUUAGUGGGAGAACUAACCAGAUCAGAUAUGCAUCCUGUCAGACCUUCACAUCUUCUUACUAUCAGAACCACAUCAAUCAUUAUGAUACAGAAGCAUCCCUGCAGCGUGAUUCUCACUCACCGGGGCAGGAUGAUCUGCAGAGAGUCAAAGACCAGCACAAAAUUAGCAUGAAGAAUAAGUUUGAGAGCUUAUUUGAGGGAGUCAAACUACAAGAGAAUCAAACCCUCCUGAACCAGAUUUACACACAGCUGUACAUCAUAGAGGGAGAGAGUGAAGGAGUGAAUGAAGAACAUGAGGUGCUGCAGAUGGAGAAAAGUUACAGGACACUCCAAGACACUCCAAUCAACUGCAAUGACAUCUUUAAUCCUUUACCUGAACCAGGAUAUGAGCAGAACAGAAGAGAGAAGAAAGACAAAAUAAAGAUGGUUCUCACUAAAGGCAUCGCUGGAAUUGGAAAAACCGUCUCUGUGCAGAAGUUCAUUCUGGACUGGGCCGAGGGAAAUGCCAAUCAGGAUGUUGAUUUCAUGUUUGUGUUUCCAUUUCGAGAGCUGAACUUAAUUAAAGAUCAUCAGUACAGUCUUCACAGACUUCUGCUUGACUUUCAUCAAGUCAGAAAGUUUCUGAUGUGA